AACACAUUGUGUUUGGAGGCGUACAGGUGUCGUGCUGAGCGGACAGAAUAAGAAACAAGCUCCUCACAGCAUGAACACAAACCAUUAGCACUCGCUGCUCAUCAAUCUCAAACCACACCAGAGCCGGUGCAUCUGCAGCAUCCAUCCAUCACGGCCUUUCAGGAGACGGGAUGGUGAUCUUUUAGCACAAAACAUAUAACAUUUAACAUUUGAAUGCAAUACACGUGGUGUCUGACCGCACACUGACACCUGCUUCUGUACAAACGCUUUCUGUUUAGCAGCUUUAAAGUUGCCAGGCAGGAUCUGUGUUGUGGAAACUGAGGUUGCUAACCUAGCCAGAGCAGUCACUUCAUCCAGCUCUUUAAUAUUCCUGUGAACCUCGUGCAGAACUCGGAGAUGGAACGGGAUACCUAUGAUUUGCCGUCACAUGACGCUCUCUCAAAGAUCCUGCUGGAGUACCUAAACAUCCUCAAAAAGCCUAAAACCCAGACCAGGACAGAGUCUGUCCCGCAGAAAAAGCCUAAAUCUCUGCUCAACCAAACGUUUGAUGUUCACUCACCACUCAAAAGUCCGCCGACGCCUGAUUUCAAAGGUGACCCUCGUGCAGGUGAAGUCACUGAACAUCAAACUAACGAGCUAGAAAACUACCGAGCGGCGAUGCACAAGAUGGCGGAUGACAUCCUGGUUCUGCGCUCUCGGGUGAGUGCUUUGGAGUCUGAGAACAGCCAGCUAAAGAAAGAUCUGUCUCUGCAUCAAGACCUGGACCACAGCCUGCUGGACGACACCGACACUGACGUCAUGACCAAGAGAGAGAUAGCUGACCGGAUUGCCUCUUUGAAGUUAAAGCUGUCCAGUGAAAGCAGCCAAGCAGCCGCCCAGAAGGAAAGAAUCCAUCAGCUUCAAAACGAGCUCAUCAGGAAGAACGACACUGAGAAAGAGUUUGUCCAGCUGCAAAGAGCACAUCAGCAGCAGCAGGCUGUGUUAAAGAAAUAUCAGGCCCGGACUGGUAAAAUAUCUGCUCUGGAGGAUACAGUUCGUCAACAGGAAAAGGUCAUUGAGAAGAUGGAGAAAAUAUUGGAUGCAAAACUGAAGGAAAGAAACGAGAAUUCAGAAAAGAAGAAAGCGUCCGUAAAACAUAAAGAUGCAGAGGAGCUCAAAAGAAGAGAGAUAGAGUCUGUGCUGGCGGCAGAAAACUCUCGACUCAGAGAAGAGCUGCACAGAUCUCGUAGUCUACCACCACCCAUCAUCAUCCAGCAGCCCGCGCAGCCUUUCUCAGACAGCGAGAAGCUGGAGUUACUGACACAGCUGGCGAGAGCCGAGGGCCGAAUCCAGACCCUGGAAAAACAGCUGAAAGAAAACUCUAGAGAGUGGGGGAAGGAGAAACAAGAGAUGCUGACCAGACUCAGUGAAUAUGAACAUGGAUUCACUCGAACGUCAGCCAUGAUUCUUCAUGAUCUCCCUGUGAAAAGCGUGACUGAUUCUGUAUUGGGACAUACUCGACACAGGCAACUGGAACCUAUUAAGUGACCCCAUCCCAUCGGUGUUAGUAAAUUACAUCUCUGCUAUCUUCCGGCGUUCAGAGGUUUGAUGGUGAGCAUGAUGGGCUUCUCGGGCAGCAAGAUGAGCUCAAACGUGCUCCGGACCUCCACCUGCCUCUGCUUCUCAAACCUGAAGUUCUCCAGCAUCUAAAGAUGACAAAAUGACGACAAUGAGAAAAAUCCAAGCAACGUUAUUCUCUGCUAGC